AUGGCGGAUGUUGACAAACUCAACAUAGACAGUAUCAUCCAGCGUCUUUUAGAAGGUAAGGGAAGAGUCUACAUCAAUCGUACGUUAUUUAUGCAAUAAUAUUAUCUGUUUACUUUGUUAGAUGACUGGUGGCAAGCCUUAGCGAGCUAACGCUUGUUGUUGACGCAGGUUGGCUCAGGCUAUCGGUAGCUAGCUAAGCUAACGUUAGCUAGUAACUAGCUAACCAGCUAACAUUAGUUCAUGCUGUUGUUGCCCAUAGCUAACUAACUAAUGUUAACGUGACAUCUGUCCCGGUCGUCACAUUUCGAAAUGUUCAGUGAAAGUAGUUAGCUAGCUAGGUAACUAACUUUACUUUAGCUACAUGAUCCAGGGCACUGUCUCAGUCAACUACAAGCUGCCCCAGUCAGUCAGUGAAAGAUUAAGUCAAUAACAUGAGUAACUGAUAUGAUGGUCAGCACUCACACCCCUAUCCAGACAGCAUGGCAAUAAGUAUGAUGGCAAACUAGGUAGAUAAUGUAUCUUUGCUUGUAGAUUCAUCAGGAUUGUUUCAUUUUUAGUCAGGGGAGCAAAGCCUGGUAAGAACGUGCAGCUGCAGGAGAACGAGAUCCGAGGAUUGUGCCUCAAGUCCAGGGAGAUCUUUCUCAGCCAACCUAUCCUUCUUGAACUUGAAGCCCCCCUCAAGAUCUGUGGUGAGUAACCAUCACUAUUUGGUGAAAAUAACUGUUACAUGAAGUGUCUAAUACCCCAGUGAGGGAUGUGUAGAACUUGAAGUUGAAAUCAUUUGCCUUCUGCAGGUGACAUCCAUGGGCAAUAUUACGACUUAUUGAGGCUGUUUGAGUAUGGGGGCUUCCCUCCUGAGAGCAACUACCUAUUUCUGGGAGACUAUGUGGACAGAGGGAAGCAGUCUCUGGAGACCAUCUGUCUGCUUCUGGCCUACAAAAUCAAAUACCCAGAGAACUUCUUCCUGCUGAGAGGAAACCAUGAGUGUGCCUCCAUCAACAGAAUAUAUGGAUUCUAUGAUGAGUGUGAGUGAUAUGUGGUGGCUGUAAUAAUCAUAACCCUGCACUCUCUGACAGAAUACAGCCUUUGUAUCUACAUAGAUUGCAUUUUGUUAUAAGUUCCUGUCAUAUGCAUUGCCUAGCUUACUAUAAUCCUAAAAUAUGUUAUUAUUUUUCUUCUAGGUAAAAGAAGGUACAACAUCAAGCUCUGGAAAACAUUUACAGAUUGCUUUAACUGCCUCCCUAUUGCUGCCAUUGUUGAUGAGAAGAUCUUCUGUUGCCAUGGAGGUAGGUUGCGUUUUAGUAGUCCUAAAACAUGAAGAGAAGUGGUCCUGUUUUAGGACACACUAAGACAAUGCUGUGAUAUUGAGAAAUGUUAUUUUAUUUCAAUUGUCUCCUGCCCAUUUACCCACAAGUUCUUACUGGAAUUAAUCUUAUUCCUGGUGUUCAUCUCCUUCUGUGUCUCUCAGGGUUGUCACCAGACCUCCAGUCCAUGGAGCAGAUCAGGCGCGUCAUGCGGCCCACCGACGUCCCCGACCAGGGCCUCCUGUGUGAUCUGCUCUGGUCAGAUCCAGACAAGGAUGUCCUCGGCUGGGGAGAGAAUGACAGGGGCGUCUCAUUCACUUUUGGCUCAGAAGUGGUGGCAAAGUUCCUGCACAAACAUGACUUGGAUCUGAUCUGUCGCGCCCAUCAGGUAUGUCUCCUUACAUUCAGUAAAGUGUUCAGAUCAGUACUGUACUCUCUGGAGUUUAAUGCAUUGUUUUUAUUUUUAACCCAACUAUAAUCAAUGUUGUUUUUUCGGCAGGUUGUUGAGGACGGCUAUGAGUUCUUCGCCAAGCGACAGCUUGUGACUUUAUUCUCAGCACCCAACUACUGCGGGGAGUUUGACAAUGCUGGUGCCAUGAUGAGUGUGGAUGAGACCCUCAUGUGCUCUUUUCAGGUGAGUAUUUCAUCAUGAAUGUACGGUCUUAUCGCAGGGAUGUAAAUGUGUCAGUGAUUGUAUUAGUGCAAGUGUAUGCAGGUCUUAACGCUAUAACCAAUCUCGUCAUUAUGUCAAACUGUACGAUGUAAAGACCAUUGCAGUGGGCAAAACAUCUUAAGGUUGGAUUAUUUGUAUUCUUGUAGAUUUUGAAGCCAGCUGAGAAGAAGAAGCCAAAUGGUAGCCGUCCAGUCACACCCCCACGGAACAUGGUCACCAAGCAAGGCAAGAAAUAAGGUGGCAUGAGUGGAAUUAUGUCCUGCUCCCCGUUCUGCUUUUGUUUUUUUGCAUCUGAAGGGUUGGUUGCCCUUUGCUGCCAAUACUGAAAAGAUAUCCACUCCAACCUGAUGAAAGCAAAAUGUUUUGUUGUUUUGUCCACAAGGGUAAAUGGAUAUGUCACCAUGAAAACCUCAGGUGUUUUGCACUCCAUUGCAACUAGUCUUUGCCACAUAUGACUGUUCAACCAGGAACAAUGUAACAAUAUGGCUGAUAAUGCACAGAAAUGCCUUGUUUGAAGCUGUGCAGAGUUGUUUUCCCAAUUUCUUCAUUUCAUUUCAUCAAUUUCUGUCACCACCUGUUUCUCACUGUCAAUGUCAAUAAUGCAAUUAAUGGUUCUUAAACAACUAUGGAAAUAUCACAAGACACUUAGUUGUUUAUUUCUGUAUAACUUUCUUUAUCAUAUGACAUUGAAUCCUCACUCUGCACCUGCAUCAUCACCAUUUUUAGAACAAGUCUUGUGCUGAAUUAAAUUAAGAAAUAAAGCGUUCUUGUAAUGUUGACUAAAUCUUUCUAAUAAACUUUUAGGGGGAAAUUGGCAUUUGAAUUUGAUUUCUUAGCAUCAUGCUCUUUCACCAAUUAUUUGAGGAUUACAAGGUAAGCUCAACCUUGAAUUAAUUACUGCCAUAUAUUGUGUACUAGCUACUACGUGAUGUGAAAGACACUUAUGGACUAAAGCAGCCUUACAUUACGCCUUAUAGUCCAAGGACCUUACAU